CUCGUCGGCACUUCUUACCAGAUCAAUAGACUCUUUCAAUCCAUUCAUUAUAACACCUUUCUUAAUGACUUAUACAAAUGCUGAUGGCACGAAGGUGGCGGGUAAAGUCGCUACUCCCGUUUUUCUUACUGAGCAUCCCAGCUCAGGUACCAAACAAGGCUGCCGCGGAUGGAAGAGCUACAGCUCCCUACCUCGUCAUCAUCGAGACGCCUGACAACAAACUCCAGCAUCUCGAACCGGCUGUUGGAAAGACGACCGAUCUGAAGGUCAUAGUUAAACAGACCAAAGAACUAUACAGGUGAAUGGAAUCUCCAUGUCCCGAGAAAAAACUUGCUCUAGUGUUGACGGAGAUGACUGUGCAGGACGAGAUGAAAAGUGACGAGGUGGCGAAGGACGUGAGUGAGGACUACCAACGGAGGCGGGGUUAAACGAACCGGGCAG